CACAGUGUUGUGCAAAUCCACGUUGCUGAAAAUGCCCGGUCUGUUGUCGCGGGUUCUGCAUCCAGGCAGCGCAAGCAGCGUUUCGACGCUAGGGCGCGGCUUGCUAUCACAAGUCUCGGACGGAUGUCGAGCGUUUCUUUCAUCGUUCCCGGCUGUGGAAACAAAGGAGGCGACGACGCCUCGCAUGCCGGACUUUGCGCAUACACCCGCGCCCUACUCGGGCCCUUCAGCAGAGGAGGUCAUCGCGCUGCGCAAGCAGUACCUCAGCCCUUCGCUGUUCUGGCACUUUAAAAAGCCUGUCAUGAUUGUGGAGGGCAAGAUGCAAUAUUUAUUCGAUGAAAAGGGGCGACGCUACCUCGACGCGUUUGCGGGCAUUGUGACUGUAAGCGUGGGUCACUGCCACCCGGCCGUGAACGAGGCCAUCAACAAGCAGAACGCGCUGCUCCAGCACACCACCACCAUCUACCUCAACAACCAGAUUGCGGAGUACGCCAAGGAGCUCACGGACCGCAUGCCCGGAAACCUCAAGGUGGUGUACUUUGUCAACAGUGGCAGUGAGGCCAACGACAUGGCCAUCAUGCUGGCCCGCCUGUACACGGGCAACUGGGACAUGCUGUGCCUGCGCAACGCCUACCACGGCAUGAGCAUCGGCACCAUGGGCACCUGCGGCCAGCACACCUGGAAGCAGCCCAUGCCGCAGGGCUUCGGCUACCACCACGCGUUGAACCCGGACCCCUACCGCGGCCCCUACGGCGACGACGGCGCGCGCUACGCGGCGGACAUGGCGGACCUCAUUUCGGGGGCCACGCCGGGCCGCGUGGCGGGCUUCAUCGCGGAGACAAUCCAGGGCGUGGGCGGCACUGUGCCGCUGGCGACUGGCUACCUGCCGGCCGUGUACAAGAUGGUGCGCGAGGCGGGCGGCGUGUGCAUUGCGGACGAGGUGCAGACGGGCUUCGGGCGCACCGGCGGCCAUUACUGGGGCUUCCAGCGCCAGGGCGUCAUCCCCGACAUCGUGACCAUGGCCAAGGGCAUCGGCAACGGCCUGCCGCUGGCCGCCGUGGUCACCACGCCCGAGAUCGCGGCGUCCAUGGCGAGCCGCCUGCACUUCAACACGUACGGUGGCAACCCCGUGUGCUCGGCUGCCGGGCGCGCGGUGCUGCGGGUUGUGGACAAGGAGCACCGCCAGGCGCACUGCGCGGCGGUGGGUGAGCACCUGCUGCGGCGGCUGCGCGGGCUGCAGGCCAAGCACGACAUCAUCGGCGACGUGCGCGGCACGGGCCUCAUGCUCGGGGUGGAGCUGGUCAAGAACCGCACCACCAAGGAGCCGGCUAAGGCGGAGACGGCUGCGGUGAUGGAGAGCAUGAAGGACAUGGGUGUGCUCAUGGGCAAGGGCGGCCUGCACGGCAACGUGUUCCGCAUCAAGCCGCCCAUGUGCUUCAGCCACCAGGACGCCGACUUCCUGGUGGACGUCAUGGACGCAGCCCUCUGCAAGCUGUAGGCGUGGACGCGAGCCGCCGAGGGGAGGAGGAGGAGGAGGAGCAUCGCGGGGGCAGGUGCUUGAGGCGGCACGGCUCGCGACAUGCGGUGCCAAGUGCUGCUGAUGUGUGGUACGAGAGCUGCCCCUCCAUACUCGGCGCGUGGUUAAGUGCUGUGCAGCUCUAUAGCUGGAGUAUCAAGCUCUAAUAGGUGUGCGAGAGAGCGGGGCGGUAUUGCAUACCGCGCAUACUGUGUGUUGGGCGGUGUGGCUAAAUCUCCGCGUUUGGAGGCAUCAUGGGCAAUGGCGUGGGGCAUGGUCUGUUGGUGCAGGCGCAUUCUUGAAACGCGACAGCGAUUGGCCUGGUGGCCGUUACCCUGGACGCCAGUGCGGCAUGAGCACUGGCGCAAGUACGGCUUAUCUUUGUACACUAUAUUCUUGAGAUGUGAAGAGCUGCCAUGUCUAUGGUUUGUUCCGUUUAUCGGCUGCACUGGGCGUAGACCGAAAGCGUGUUGUUUCGUGUGGGAAGCCGGCGAUGGCGGGAGACGAUGUGGCGGGCCCCGGUCGGUCUGUCAGUGCCGGUCCACAGGUGACGGCUGUACAGUACUCCACUUGCAAACCGUCUUGCACAGGUGGGAUGAUGCCAUCAUGGCGCCUUAUUGGUUGAUCAGCCAUUUUGACGAUCGGGCUGGGCAAGUGACUGACGUUGCGGGGUGUCAGAAAGCGGUGGGGCCUGAGGCCCUGGAAGUUCUUAAAAUACUACAGCGUCAUACGGGUGGGGCACCCGUUUUUAUAUCGUACUGAUCACGGUGAAUCUAGUACUUGUGUAGCCACACAAUGUGGAAUGGAAUGGCUGCUGUGACGCAGCACCUGCACUCCUGUAGCAACCUCAGUGGCCGACAUGGCGAAACCGCUUGCUACUCAAGUUGUUGCCGUAUACGCUGCAGUCUGCAUCAGUUAGCCUUGCAGUGAGCAUCCCUCACAUCCCUAGACACGCACCGCCAAUGAAAGCACAAUACAGCACGUUGUUCAGUGAUGGGUGGCGACCCGUGGUGGCGACCUCAACUUAACAAUCCCAUCCUACUUAAGACAGCGGCCACUGUCCUAAGCCUGGGACGCGUUAACUAUCGUAUAUUGACAUCUAUGAACGGCCCCAACAUCCCUAAAAACAAAAUGGAUGUGGAUAUGAAUGCGGCCUCAGCUACGCGCAAGUUAUUGGUGGCGCGCGCAACGCACGACCUACGACCGCCACCUAGGCUCCCUGGCACCAUAGCACCAAUUUGCAACCACAAACCCCAAGCACGCCCCAAGCACGGCCUCAUGGCACCUACGUGCAAACUUGAGGCCCACCUGUUCCACAAACUACUCUAGUACGCUCCGCCUUCACUCUGCUGCCAGACUCCCUGCAUGCUGCACAACACCCUGCAAGAGUAUCCCCAUCACGCGAAAGGGUCUGCAGGGUCACCAAACGCACCGCCGGCACCG